AGGUGAGGAGGAGGAAGGAGAAGGAGCCGAGCAGCCGCCGCCGUCGCCGCCGCCAUCAUGCUCCGUCAGGUGGUCAGCCAGGCCAAGAAGCACCCCAGCUUGAUCCCCCUCUUCCUCUUCAUCGGAGCCGGGGGCACCGGCGCCGCCCUGUACGUCAUGCGUCUCGCCCUGUUCAACCCCGACGUCAGCUGGGACAGGAAGAACAACCCGGAGCCGUGGAACAAGCUCAGACCCACGGACCAGUACAAGUUCGUCGCCGUGAACACGGACUACAGCAAGCUGAAGAAGGAAGGCCCGGACUUCUGAACGGGGACGGGUCCUCCCCGCUGAGAGACGCACAUCCCGAGGGUCUCCGGGAAGCCAUCCGCGCGACGUCCCAACCGGGAAAGGGUCCCGUCCGCCCCCCCCACGGUCGCGCGGCAUCUCCUCGGUGCGUGAACCCGUCGGGGGUCCACCGGGACGAAUAAAUACGUGAAACUCCGAA